GAGAGCUGCAGGAAGUGCCGUGUCCAGUGGAAGGAGCAUGCUGGGAAGUCAUGUGACCAGGUCAUGGAACGAGAUGAGAUACGCAUGAGGGUGGCCUUUGAGGAGCGGAUGACAGCAGCUCGGGUCAGGAAGUGUGUGAAGUGUGGAACAGGUCUGGUGAAGUCUGAGGGAUGUAACAGGAUGUGGUGUCGUUGUGGAAGCUACAUGUGUUACCUGUGCCGAGAGCCAAUCAGUGGAUACAACCACUUCUGUCAGCACGCCCGUUCCCCUGGCGCUCCCUGUAGGCACUGCCGCAAGUGCUCUCUCUGGACAGACCCCACGCAAGAUGACGAGCGCAUCAUUCAGGACAUUCAGAAAGAGGGCGAGAAAGAGCUCAACAAGAAGAACGCAGAGACUUCAGGGAAGAGAGUGGGCCCGCCCCCGGAACCUGUGGUGGUUGCUAAGCGACCUCGAGCAGCCCCCCCUCCGCAGGCGGUGCGGGCGCCCUUGUUGGUCCCUCCUCGUGUCAUUCUGCCUCAUCGCCAACCCCUGCCCCCCGCCCCCUACGUGCCCCCACUCCUCCACCUACCCCCUCAACUACCACCCCCCUCAACCAGGUCAACAACAACCUGA